GAUGGAGGGCGAGGAGGACGGAGCGGGGCGGGUCAGGGAGCUGCAGGAGCAGAGGAUGACGGUCCAGAAGAAAACCUUCACCAAGUGGAUGAACAGCGUUUUCUCCAAGAACGGGGAGAGCGGGGAGCUGACUGACGUCUACGUGGAGCUGAAGACCGGAGUCGUUCUGAUUCGUCUGCUGGAGCUCAUCUCCAGAGAGACGCUGCCUCCGCCCAGUCGACGUAAACUAAGAGUCCACUGUCUGGAAAACAACAGCAUCGCCAUCAACUUCCUCAAAUCAAAGAUUCGGGUGGAUCUGAUUGGUCCAGAGAAUGUGGUGGACGGGGACCGGACGCUGAUCCUGGGUCUGCUGUGGAUCAUCAUCCUCAGGUUCCAGAUCGGACCGAUUAACCUGGAGGAGGCGGGUGGUGGUAGUGUCGCUCACCGCUCGGCAAAGGAGGCUCUGCUGAUCUGGUGUCAGAGGAAAACUUCGGGCUACGGUGGCGUCAAUGUGCAGGACUUCUCGUCCAGCUGGAGGGACGGACUUGCCUUUAACGCCCUCAUCCAUGCCCACAGGCCUGACCUUUUCGACUAUCACCGCCUCCAUGGCGACGACCCCAUCCGUAACCUGGAGCACGCCUUCUCCCUGGCAGAGCGGCAGUUUGGGAUCAUGCAGCUGCUGGAGGUGGAGGACAUGGUGGUCCCUCAUCCUGACGAGAAGUCCAUCAUGACCUACGUGUCCCUGUACUACCACUACUUCUCCAAGAUGAAGCAGGGACAGACCAUCCAGAAGAGACUUGCUAAGAUUGUGGGGAUGUUGAUGGAGCUGGAUGACAUGAAGGUGCGGUAUGAGAGAAUGGUCUCACAUCUGCUGCAAUGGAUCAAAACCAAGGUGGUUCAGCUGAAUGACAGACGAUUCCCAAACUCUCUGAAGGAGAUGCAGACGCUGAUGACGGCUUUCAAAACCUACAGGACAGUGGAAAAACCUCCUAAAUACCAGGAACGUGGGGCAAUUGAGGCUCAUCUCUUCAGUCUGAAGACGCAGCUGGCCGCCAACAACCAGCGGUCCUAUAAUCCUCCAGAGGGUGAAACACUGCGUGACAUAGAGAAGAGUUGGGUCUUGUUGGAGAGAGCUGAACACGAACGAGAACGUGCCCUGCAGGGGGCGCUGCUCCGUCUGGAGAACCUGGAGCAGCUUGCCCAGAAGUUUGGGAGGAAGGCAGCUCUGAGAGAGGGGUAUCUGGAGGACACGGUGCGGCUCAUCCGGAGGCAGGACGUCCGAGGUCUUUCCACCCUGGAGGAGGUGCAGGCAGCUGGCCGGCGUCUGGAGGCCCUUGCCACAGACGCUCUGGCCAGAGAGCCACGCUUCACUGCCCUGAGAGACAUGGCCAAGACCAUUGAGAGAGGAAACUACCACAGCAAGGAGCAGAUCAUCAGGCGGGAAGAGAGCAUUCGUAACCGAUGGAAGGACCUGUUGCAGCAGCUACAGGAGCACAGGGGGCUGCUGGGUAAUGUAGUUGAAACCCUCAGCUGCCUCCGAGACAUCGAAAUUGUCUCCCAGGAGUUGAAAGAACUCCAGUCCCAGGCCAGUUCCUCUGACCUGGGGAAGCAGCUGACGGAGGUGGAGUCUCUCCUUCAGAAGCAGGAUCUCCUGGAAGCUCAGAUCUCGGCUCAUGGUGAAACCAUCGCCACCAUCAGCAGCACAGCUCUGGGAAAAGUGAGCGACGGUCAGCAGAUUCAUAGCAGAGUAAGAGCUCUCGACACUCAGUACAAAUCUCUGGUGUCGCUCAGCAGCAACAGGAGGAAACAGUUGGAGGCUCAGUUGAGGUUGUUCGAGUUCUUCCAUGACUGCGAGGAGUUGGAGGCGUGGCUGUAUGAGCGCUGGUUGAGACUGCAGACGGCCGGACUGGGACGAGACCUCAACCACACCCAGCUGGCUCAACACAAUCACAAGGUGCUGGAGGCGGAGAUCCAGGCUCAGGAGUCCCUGUACCAAGGAGUUCUGGGUCGAGGUCAGGAUCAGCUGUCCAAACAGAGCCGGGUCAACCAGCGAGCCGUCCAGAAGUGGAUCAGGACUUUAAAGAGACAGUGGGCCCACCUGACCGACGAGGUGACGGGACGCCGCAACAGGCUGCAGGCUGCCACAACCAUCAAACAGUACUUUGCAGAAGCGGAAGAGGCCAACUCAUGGUUGGGAGACAGGAAACCGCUGCUGACCAGCGAGGACCAAGGGAAGGAUGAGUCGAGCACGGCGGCGCUGCUACAGCGGCACCUGCGACUGGAGAAGGAGAUGUCGGCCUACGCCUCCGAGAUGAAGAGGUUGUCAGAGCAGGCGAAGAGCGCUGCGCAGCUAACAGCUCUGACUGCGGAGCCUCAGCAGAGUAAAAUGAUGGAAUACAGUGACUCAUCUGGAGAGGAGGAGGUGCCAGGAACCAGCACAUCAUCACCAAGCCUAAAGGGAGGGAGGAGCCACACCCUUCAGAGUGAGGAGAUUAAGGCCAAGGUCCGCUUCAGAUACAGCAGAGGCCAGUUUCCAUGGGAUCGUAAUGAGAUUGUUAUCGUUGUCAGCAACGAGCCGGAUGGAGACCGAGUUCUUGCCAGAGAUGGCCGAGGAAACCAGCAGCUCAUCCCCAAAACCUACCUAACCCUGCUGUCAGCCACACCUGCGCCGCCCACCACGCCAGUCGGCACCAAUGGCGUACCAGAGAGCCCAAGCAGGAAGGUGAGUCGCCCCAGACGAAGCCGCUCGAUGCGCCGCAGCACGACUGAGAUCCAAACAUCGGGGAUUCCAGACCCACAGUACCAGAGAGACACUGUGGAGCGCACACAGACUCAACUGGAUGAGGACUACAAGUCCCUAUACAAGCUGGUCAAGACGAGGACUACAAGUCUGGAGGAGAUGCUGCGUCUGCAUCGAUUCUACAACAGCUGCGAGGAGUUUGAGUCAUGGAUGGAGGACAAGGAGAACAUCCUGAACACUUUCAGCACCGAUUCUGAAAACCUGGGGGUCGUUCAGGCCAAAUACGAGAACUUCCUGACUGAGUUGAUGAGUGGGCGUGGCCAGUUGGAUGACAUAAUCAAAAUGGCGGAGGAGCUGGUGAGGAGUCGACACAGUAAACAGAGAGAGAUCCAGGCCAGGCAGAGGAAAGUUUCCAACAGGUGGGAUCGGAUCCAACAGCUGAAGGAUGAGAAGGGACACGAGCUGCUGAGUACAGCAGAUGUGCAGUCCUUUCUGCAGAACUGUGAUGAGGCUAAAGCUCUGCUGCAGGAUCAACUGUCCCGGCUCGACAUCGUGGACGUGGGCUGCAGCUCCUUCACGCUGUCGGCCGAGGAGAAGAACCAGGCUCAGGCGCUCAGAGACAUCCAGACCCUGGAGGGCAAGAUCUCCUACCUGAAGAGCGUUGCAAAGAUGAAGCAGGACUGCAGUCCAGCAGAGAGUGCAGCCAUCAUGGAGGAGGUCCGGCAUCUGGAGGCUCUACUGAGACAGGUGAAACAUCAGGCUGCAGAGAGACAGCGCCUCCUAGAGGAGGCCCGCAGGCUGCAGAGCUUCCAGCAGCAGGCCAAAGAGCUGCAGCGCUGGGCGGUUUCCAUGCAGGAGCGCCUCCUGCAGGAGGAGACGGCUGCUGACGUGGCCUCGGCCGUUGCCCUGCUGGAACAACAUCGGGAGCUGUGGCUGGAGAUGGAGGAGCAGAGGAGCAG